GCAGUGUUCAACUAGUGGGUGCCAGAGACACACGCACGCGCGAACCCUCCAGUCUCUCCUCAAGUGUUGCCUUGCACGAGGCGAGAGUUCUGCUCUCCCAACGGACGCUUGGUGGCGGGGUGUGGACUGUGUUUGAAAUAAUCUUCUAAGAUUAGAUUGAUACGGAAAAUGGUGUAGUGAUAAUCUGUAAAUGUUGAAGUGUUUUGAAAUGGAAAAAUACUGUAAAGAAAGAGACAUGGAAAUUGUAUAAGUGAAAAAGGAGACCUGUACUAAAAUAAAAUCAGUGCGUGCGUGAGCAAGAGCGGCGUGGUUUAUCUUCACACGUCACAGACAUGUCGCUCUUGUCCCUCACGGCAAAGAUGGCGGCGGCCGUGCAGUGUGGAGGAGGCUCACUCGGCUCCAGGUCACGCAGGAAGAAGUUUGAUGACAACCAGUGGUGGGAGCUGUUCGACACCAACACGUCCAGGUUCUACUACUACAACGCCACCUCACAGAAGACGGUCUGGCAUCGCCCGCAAAACUGCGAUAUCAUUCCUCUCGCCAAGUUGCAGCAAAUCAAGCAGAAUACAGAGGUGGCAGAGGAUGAGGACAGCAGAAAGAUUGUGAGGGAAUCCAUUGGCACACAAACCCCAUCCAAGCCAGGACCGCUCCCUCUGACCAUACCUGCGACAGUGACUUCCCAUCACUCAUCUCUACAACUCCGCCAUGCCCCCCAUGCCAAGAAUGGUCCACUCCCAACUGGUCGAGCAUCACCAAAAAAUGGUCCAUUACAGACCUUUAGAUCACCCACAAACAAUGGCCCUGUACCUUCACCCAAGGUUUCCCCGAGCAACUCCAUAUCUUCGUCACGGUCAUCAAUCAACAUAGCUCCAGGUCCAGGGUCAUUACAGCGUUGCCACAGCUCCCUCUUGGGGCGUAGGAGCACCAGGAGUUCUUUACCUGGGAUUGGGAGUGGAACAAGGGGGGCCAUACAGGGUUUGGGGAGUGGUUCAAGGGGAUCUUUGCCUAGUGGCAGUGGGUCUAGGGGAAUGGUGCUCGGAGUUGGGAGCGGACCUUCGGGGGUGCAACAGCGGUGGUCGGGCGGGGCGUCAAACUCACGCUCCUCUGGCAUGGGGUCGUUGCAGAAGAAAGAAGGAGGGACAGGAGGAGGAGGUUCAGAGGCACUCUCACUGCCCCACUCACUCUCCAAGAGAGUCAUCAGCUCCACCACCCAGACUUCCCCAGUGCCCUCACCAAGACCUUCCCGAAGAUCAUCAGCCCAUAAUGCCAGCUCAGCAGGUGGGGGAGGAAGCACUGGUGGAAGUGGUGGCAGUAGUGGACACCACCAUCACCACCACCAUCACAGACACACUGGCUCAUGUUCACACCAUCACCAUCACAUUGAUGCCAAUGGAGAAGCAGGAGGUGCAAGGAGAGUGCGGCGAAGCUCUCAGUCAUCGCAGGGAUCAUCACUCUCUUACAGUCGCCCGUAUAGACAAGAAUCUGGCAGGUCUAGUGACAGUUCCAUGUCCCAAAGCCGCACCUCCUUAGAAGGAUCUGGUUAUAGAUUGCUUGAGUCUCCUCGUGGUAGCUCUGGCCUUCGGGACUCGAGGAGAGGUGGUUCAGCUGCUGGACGUGUGGGAGAGGGCCAAAAAGAAGGUGAUCCAGUGUCUCCUCGUUCCCCAGACUCUGUGUCUUCCCAUUCCUCCCCGACACACCCACAGCAGGCAGGCCCCGCUACACCUUCUUCACACCGCCGAGCUCACACUGAUUCCCGAGAACCGACAGCUGCCAGGUAUAAGGGUGUUCCCCAUCAUGAUUUUUCACAUCUUCAGUUUUCCAAACAACGCAGUUUUGAUGUUUCCAACUAUCCAAAGCCUGAACACAGUAUGGACCGGCCAAGAGAAAUGGCUUUGUCUCGUAGCUACAGUUUCAUGUCAAGGCCGCGAUAUCAUGAUGAAGAUGGGAUGCAUGAAAGAUACUUGAUUGGGGCCAUGCGAUCUGUUGAGUCGACACCACAGCCACGACGUCGCCAAAAGGGCCUGGAUGUUGUGCCUGGUAGUCCUGAUUCUUUAGGAUCUCAUGGUUACCUUAACUACCGCCAAAGAUCUGAUAGUUCAGGCUUGGAAAGCCUUGCAACACCAAUGAUGCACAGAAAACAAAGGUCCCUUGAGUCAGGAAAAUCGCGUUUUAAAAUGGAUCUACGUUCAAGUACGAGUGCCCAUACCAGACUCGCCACAUCAGAUUCUAGUCCAAGUCCCCCUAGUCCUAAGCAUGAGUUCUCACCCUUCAACUUUGACUCACCUCGUGGUCAAGACAGUGGAGCCUCCACUUUGACGGACAAGGACACCAGAUCCAAUUAUGGUCGUGGAUCUGCUGACAGCUCUCCACACUCUCAAGUGGAUUCUGGACUUGUAUCAGGAACAACUGGGAGCAGGGGCUCUGUUGAUAGCAAUUCACGAAGGACAGACUCACGACAAACCACUUUGGACAAGGAGACUUCAAAGUGUUCUGCAGCUGAGAGCUCAAGUAAACCUUCCUCAAAGACUGAGCGAGAUGGACGUCGCUGCAAUCACCGCCGCCAUCACCAUUGCAGUAAACAUCGAGGAGCAGCAGUUUCCACCACCAACACCACCAGUGCCACUGUUGCUACCACAGACAGUGAUCGGAGUGACACUCUCCAGAGUAGCAGCAGUUCUCAACAUCUAGUUAAUACUGGUAGCAACAACAGUCAGAAUCAUAAUUCCAGCUCAGGAAGUAGUAGCACUGCCAAGCAGACUAGUCCUAACAAUAGCAAACAGAUUAGUCCUAGCAAUGGCAGCACAAGCAACACCAAGCAACCAAGUCCCAGUAGUGUGAGCAGCGUAGGAAAACAAGACAAUAGUCCACAGCACCGUGACUUGACACAUCUUUAUUCCAAUUUGGAUUAUGUGUAUGAGCAGCCAGUUUACCAAUAUAUUAUGGAGCAAGCCAAGCUUACAGGAUACAGAUUGGGCGAUGCAUUAUAUGAGGAUGCUGAUUCUCUCCAUAGUGAUGAAUCUGGUGACCAACCAGAUGACAGUGAUGAAUUUGCAGAUGAUGAAGGGAUGUCUAAUGCAGAUUCAUCUUCCCAGGAAUAUCUUGAAGAUGUUAAUUACCUCGCUGAUGAUGAGAUGUAUGCUGAGUUCUUCAUGCCUUACAAUUUGAAAAACAAAAUUAGAGUGGGGAUGGGAGCUGUUAGCUAUAUGCUUAGCAUUUUUCCCACCUUCUGAAAAAUUCAGUCCAUACUUGGCUGGUUACAUCACUCGACAUUGUGACCCAGCCUAUUGUUCCAUGUUCCCUGAUGUGUCAAAGUGGCCCAUCCAUAUCCAGGUGGCUCAUUAUGCUGGAGUUUGCAACAAACGUUUGGAGAGAACUUCAGUUAAUGCCAAGAGACAGCGAUUGAGAAAACCAACACUGGAGGAAAUUGACCUUGCCCGCUUACACAUAUUCCGUGCUUCAAUGUUUGGCGGCACCAUAGAGGAGGUGAUGGCACUCCAGAAGGACAGAUAUCCACACCGACGACUACCUUGGGUUCAAACAACUCUCUCUGAGGAGGUUCUCAGACUUCAGGGUACGAAUACUGAAGGAAUUUUCAGAGUUCCUGCAGACUUUGAUGAGGUUCAUCAGCUAAAGCAGGUUGUUGAGCAGUGGGAGGUGGGUGACUGUGUGGAUGCACAUGUUGCAGCUGCCCUGCUUAAGACUUGGUACAGAGAACUUUAUGAGCCUCUCAUACCUGAUGCCUUAUAUCAGGCAGCCAUUAAUGCUCAUGAUGAUCCUACACAGGCUGUUGCUCUUGUUAACAAACUACCUGAAAUUAACAGGCUUGUACUGUCAUACCUUAUAAGGUUUCUGCAGUACUUUGCCCAGCCUGAUAUUGUAACAGCCACCAAGAUGGAUGCCAGCAAUUUAGCUAUGGUAAUGGCACCCAACUGCCUCCGGUGCACAAGUGAUGAUCCUCGAGUCAUCUAUGAAAAUACUCGCAAGGAGAUGGCCUUUAUUCGAACUCUGAUCCAGCAUUUGGACACCACUUUUAUGGAGGGUGUUGUCUGAGACUUGCAUCAGAUCUAUGUACAGUUUGUGUGUGAAGAGUUGCAUUGAUAAGGAUUUUCCAUGAGCGAAUGUAGAGAAAGUUGUAAAGCCUAACCACUAUUAUAUUCAUACAUGUGCAAAAAGUAAAAGAGCUAAAACAUCUAAAGGACAGUAAGAUGAUGUAUAUUGUUUAAGAAGUGACAUGUGUUCAAGUCCUGAAUUCAGCUUUGGUGUUGAAGACAUUUUUUUUUUUUAUGUUGGCCUAUUUAUUUACUCAGAUGACAGAGCCUUUCAUGACAUGUAUGCAUUUAUGAGGAGUCCUGUAGCUACACUUCCAAGAUAACUGAGAAAGCUUUUUUGCUGUUGUACUCUGUGUUCAGAAGAAAAACAGAAGCCUAUAUUUUGUAAGGCAUAUUCCAAGUGAAGAAAUGCUCUUGGGUUUAAUGAAGAUCAGGAGUAUGUGCUUUGAUGAGCAUGUUAUAAAUGCCACAUCAUUCUGGUGCUCAUCUCUGUCUGACCUUGAGGCACAGGUCACAGGGAACUUUCAAUGCUUUUCAGAACUGAGAUCAAAUUCCUUGAAUUUGAGAACUUGUGGGUCACCAGUAAGACAAUCUGCAUGAAGUCCAUCAAGCAGCAGUUAUGUUCACAGAUAUUGCCCAAAGACUUGAUGAAUUUCAGUAUAGUUUGUGGAUUAUUUCCAAGUGAUCUAAAGAGUUUAAGUGUCUUUGGUCUCAUAAUCUGAGAUGUGACUGUGAUUGUUGUCCAGUAACUUCUGUUGUGUUCACUGGAUCCUUCAAGGGGUUUAUGCUUCCACAUAGCACAAAAAACUCUUCAUUUUAAUGGUAGGUUGAUUGCUGUCAUGCUGAAAAGAAGAGGCAAGUGUUUUUUUUUCUCUCUCUUUCUAGUCUCAUUACUGCUUCUACUAGCUUCACAUAUUUGGUGAUAUAGUGCCUGGAAAAAAAAUACUUUAUUAAUACAACCUCCAGAAAAUAUAUAAGUUUUGGUUUUGAAAUGACACUGGCCUUUUCAUUCAAAUACAGAACUGUCUACCAAACAUUCCAAAUUUACUGAUGAGUCCUUUGUAAAGAGCCAAGUCACCCUCAUUUUAGGUUCUUCAGGGACUUCAUAUGGAGAUAAUAGACCUUGUUCCUGAUAGUUUUAAUAUUAGAAUGCUUCCAAUCUAGCACUGUCACGGAAGUUAAUUGGAAUUCUGAUAUUCAGAACUUUAAAACCAGUAUGCUUUAAAGGUAGAUAGCAUUGAAAUGUCUAAACCAGUGGGGAUAUUUGGAUAGGAUAUCUGUUUUUGGGUAGGAUAUCUGUUCUGUACAUACCAAAGUUUGUCCGUGGCAGUGAAGGAGAUCUGUGAAGAAGUUGCCUUGACCAAAUGGCUAGUGUUUAAACUCUCUGGAACAUGGUCUGAAUCAAAAAGCUGUUAAGAAAUCAAGGUAAGCUGUAUCCUUUUAUGUCCAGCAGGAAAAUGGACAUGCCUAUUAUCUAGUCUUCAACUUGUAUAGAUUUUUUUCUCAAACUCUCUUGUGCCAAUUUGAACAAAUGAAAAACAGAUCAAAGCUACUUUGUUUGCAUUUGUUACAGGCACACAUGCUUUUGUUAAUAACUUGAUAUAGUUAAGAUGUUAUUUUUUAUACCAUGUUGACAACAAUUUGUUACAAUCUCGUGUAACAUUCUUUGCUACAAUUUGUGACGGAAAUUUUACUUGCAGUUUAAUUAGAGCGAGAGACGUGUAGGUGUGUAUAAUUAUGAAUGACUUUGGUUGGUAGUUGGCAGAUGGGGUGCAUUUAUUACUGAUAUUUCUUUUAUUAUUGUUAUUCCAAAAACAUUUUUUAUUUGUAGAAAUGUUAGUAUAUCAAUCAUUUACUUGACAAGACUGCUGAAAUCACUGCUGAUAGGCCAGCAGUAUUCCUUUUGAGACUAGUUUUUCCCUCAGUAACCUAAGGGACUAAGUUCUGUUUUCUGUGGUGAUCAGUAAGUGGAGUAACUAGCUUGUAAGACAGGGCUAUUCAAUUACUAUUGGAGGAGGGCCAGAAUAUAAAACUCAAAUUGAUUCCCUUUUAUUUAUUUUUUUUCUACUAUAUUUUUAAAAUGAAGUAAAAGAUAAGCUAUACUUUGCCUUUUGCAUUUUUCAAUACCUACAUGAGAAAUAAUAAAAAUAAAAUAAAUUUUGCUUUAGAAACUAGUAAAUUUGUUUUGAUGUUUCUGAUUCUGUCUAAAGAGUUAGAUUUAAUGAAAAUCAAUUUAGGAUUUGGCCCAUGGGUCACCAGUUGAAUAGCCAUGUUGUAAGAUAUGUAUGACUGAACUUGUUUAUGAUGUAAGAGGAUAGGAAUUGUAUCUUGAGGUAUUGAUUGCCUAACAAUUGGAUAUUCUAAAAUACUGCAAGGAAAAUCACCAAAAAAUAAAUUCCUAAUUUUAGUUUCUUGGCAGUUGAUCCUUUCACACAAGUUAGUAUGACCGCUCCAAGCAAAGCAGCAUAAGCUAGUUACUACUGCAUUUUAUUGCAUUUAGAGCAUAAAUGUGGAAUGUACUGAAUAGUUUAGUGUCUUCAUCUAUUUAAAUGGGUUCAGAUACCUUGUCAUUUUAGGCUACUUUUGCCUGUUUUACAUCCUAUAUUGUAUGUGCCUCAAAAAGUAUAUAGCACAAUUUCCUUUUUGUACAAAUUAUAUAAAGUGAAUUAUUGCAUUUAAUACCUUGUUUUGCCUCCAGCUUACGCACUGGUAGCUAUGCAGGAGAGGAUCAUCUCAGACUUGUUAUUUCUGACAAGGCUUGUAUAAUAAUUUAUUUUAAAUUUGGAAGCAUCAUGUACAGAUGUCCUGAUGUAUUAUACAUUGAUAUUGUAUAGCUGUAUUUCAAAAUGUUAAAAGCAUUUAAAAAUCAUUUGUAUCAUAUGCAUAUUAAAGACUGUAUGCUCUA